AAAAAAGCUAGAGCCACUAAUUUCCCAUUCUACCCCAACUCGCCAUCGUAAAUAAAGAAAUAUAUGCUUCUGGCUUUGGGCUCAUCAACACAAAAUAAAUCUGCCAUCCCAAUUUUGUGUUCGCUGUAGUUCACUGUUUAAUCAUAUUUGGGAUUUUUGAUUUAGUUCCACUUUUAUCACUAUUGAUCAUUUCCCCUAAUCAAUUUCGAUUGAAUAGGUUUAUUUAUAGCCAUUUAUGUCCAUAUUAAUUCCGGAUUAUAGCAAUCACCAGCUAAUUGCUGGUUUUCGUUCAAUUUUUGUGUUGUUUGGCGAACCAGUUUUUGGAUACGUGUGGAUUUUUGUGGAUUGAGCUGAUGAAUUUGUGUUUAGGGUUUUAGAGCGGUGUAAAUUUUUGGAGGGGGAUGGAUGGAGGUAAUCGGACAUUUAAGGUUGAUUUCACUAGCGAAGGAGUUUCGAAGCUUCGUGAUGUUGUCAAGGAGAAGCUCAAGGAGUUCAUGGGCGAUUACACGGACGAUACUCUCGUGGAAUAUGUGAUAGUCUUGCUGAAAAAUGGUAGAUCUAAAGAUGAAGCAAAGAGCGAGUUGAAUGUUUUUUUGGGUGAUGACAGCGACUGUUUUGUUUCCUGGCUUUGGGAUCAUUUAGGAUCUAAUGUGAGUCUGUAUGUGCAAUCGCAAGAACUUCAAACAGAUGGAGUGCCCAAGACAAAGCUGGUAGCAAGGGAUGAGGCUGGAAAAAAUGAGACUCGUAAGAUUGAAUCUAAAGCUGAGACCCCGAAUUCUGUUAAAUCACAUGGACACCGUAACAACCUUCCAUCCAAAGGUUUAGUGAGGGGUAGGAAUGACAAUGAAGUUCUCUUUCCUCAAAACAGUGUUGAUGGCAAUGAAAUUUCCAAGCAUGAACCUAAUCAGAGAGUUCGGCGAACAAAGCCAUCUCUCUCACCUCGGCCUACAAUUCAGAAGAAGAAAAGGCGAACUGAGGAACAACGGCCAAGACAGAGGGAAGUUUCCCAGUCAACUGCUGGUGCUGCAAGACGACUAUUGCAGUUUGCUGUACGCGAUGCCGUUGGUAAAUCUAGGUCUUCCAAUGCAGAAGACUCUUCACGCAAGCGAAUGAGGUCUGUGGUUUCUACAUCAACUGGGGAUUUAUUGCAGGAAGAACGCCCUCAGAGAAUCUCACGUACUUUCAUGUCCGUGGCCAUUAAAGCUGCAGCAGAGGCAGUUGAGGAUGUGAACAAAACUGUGCAUUUACGUAGUGUGUUUGCUAGGCUUGGUCACCAAGAAAAUGAAUUUGCUGGUGUUGUGGGUGAUGCAACAGAAAAUUUUAACUCGGUUUAUCAUCCGCAGAAUGAUGACAACACACUGGUAGGACACAUAUCGCCUUUUCGCGAGACUAUAUUGGAUUCUGUUUUGGGAGAUGAUGGGGAAGGUUAUGAUGAUAUUGACGAGAGGGAACCAGAUGCCACGGGUUUAACUUCGGUAGGCGCAUCUGGUAGAAAGUGGAUAGAUAACUCCCUAGCAUAUGAGUAUGCUGCUGAACAAAUUGAAGAUUUGGGUCGACCCGCAACAAGGCACAAUGCAUCCUGUAGAAUUGCUUCAUAUGUAGGCAUGAAUACCAGGAAAACCGAAUAUCAGGAGGAAAGGGUGGUGUCUGAGAUGGAUAAUCACAAAAGAGCAGUAGAUAGUGCUGUGGCUACUAAAUCUGAAGUUCGGUUGAAAAAGGAGAACAACAAUGCUACAAUAGCCUCUAAUGGAAAUGCAAAACAUGAUAUGAUCCAACAACAACCUGAAAAGACUCACGCACCAACUGAUUUACAGAAUACUGGUCCACCAACUGAUGAUGCUGAUUCUCGGACAAUCUUUGUUAGCAAUGUUCAUUUUGCUGCCACUAAGGAUAGCCUUUCACGAAACUUCAACAAGUUUGGAGAAGUCUUGAAAGUGAUCAUUUUAACUGAUCCGGCUACUGGACAACCGAAAGGGUCAGCCUAUAUAGAGUUCACGAGGAAAGAAGCUGCGGAGCUUGCCUUAUCUUUAGAUGGCACUUCCUUCAUGUCUCGCCUUCUCAAGAUUGUUAGGAAAAGCUCUGCUCAACCAGAAGCUGCAUCAAUUACAACAUGGCCACGUGUCACUCGAGCGACUCCUUUUACUAUUCCCAGAAUUUUCAGAGCUCCUUUUCCUAGAGGCAUGCCCGGUAUAUAUAGGUCACGUGUACCUAUGAUGGCGAGGAGCUUUCAGUGGAAGCGUGGGGCCCACUUGAGUACAAGUGCCAACGAGACUUCAGCUAGCACCAAUUUUCCGGCACCAGCUGUUCGUGGUCUGACAUACGUAAGAACAGAGACCAAAGCGAAUGGGAGUUCUGGCACAACUUAGUAAGUUCUUGCCUAAUUAUUCUUUAAUGGAGAACAAUUGGGAGAAUUUGUACUGUCUGAUAUUAUUUCGACUCUUGGUUGGAUAAAUUAUCCAAGGGCUGGAGCUGGAGAAUUUUGUACGUCUGAGUACGGUUGAUAUCCGAGUGGUUUUAUGGCAUUCAGGGAACAUUGCAGUUAAUUUUGCUAUUUUGUGAAUAUUUAUUUGAUAAUGGGCUGUGGACAUUGUCCGUUAAUCAUUGGGAAAUUUUCAAGUGUGCUACGUAAUUUUAACUUAAUUACAACUCUACCAUAUCUAUAUUAAU